UUCAUUGAAUAGGUUCAACGAAUAAAUACCUAACACCAGUCAAAACCUAAACGACACCUCACAAACACUCAUUUUCCCAUGGAAGAUGAGACCAGUAGACUCCUUAAUAGCUGACGAAAGAAUUAAAUCCUCUCAAACUCAAUUCAACUGUACAAUAUAUAAACAAGUUAGCUAAGCUAACUUCCUCCAUCUUCUUCAUCUUCAUCUUCAAUGGGGAGAUCAAUCAUGCCACUGCUUCUACUGACCCUUCUCUUAGCCGUUGCUUCUCCGGCGUCUUCCUCGUCUCGAUGCUUUCGAGUCGAGCUCACCCAUGUCGAUUCUGGUCACAAUCUCACCAAAUUCGAGCGCAUCCAGCGAGCAGCAGUUAGGAGCCACCACAGGAUGGCCAGGCUAACCGGCCUGCACGCAAACACGUCGAACCUUGCCGCUUCGUCCGCGUCAAUCAACAACAUCCGAUCCUCGGUCCAUGCCGGCAACGGCGAGUUCCUCAUGGACCUCUCGAUUGGCACUCCGUCCGUCCCCUUCUCUGCCAUCGUGGACACGGGCAGCGACCUAAUCUGGACACAGUGCAAGCCCUGUGUCGAGUGCUUCGACCAGUCAACCCAAAUUUUCGACCCGAAGAAAUCCUCGACCUAUUCUAAGCUCCCGUGCACAGGCGACCUUUGUUCGGCUCUCCCGACCUCAAUGUGCAACUCAGACAGCACCUGCGAGUAUCUCUACUCCUAUGGUGACUCCUCGUCGACGCAGGGAGUUCUUGGCUCAGAGACCUUCACGCUCGGGUCAGUCAAGACUCCCCAUAUUGGUUUUGGCUGCGGCGACACCAACCAAGGGUCCGGAUUCUCGCAGGGCGCCGGCCUCGUGGGGCUCGGUCGAGGCCCGUUGUCUCUAGCAUCGCAACUCAACGUCGGGAAGUUCUCUUAUUGCCUCACUUCUUUAGACGACACGUCAAAGAAAAGCCCGCUUCUUUUCGGGUCCCUCGCCGAGUUGAACGGCAGUGCUAUCAAAACCACCCCUUUAGCAAAGAACAGCGUUCAGCCAUCUUUCUACUAUGUCAAUCUAAAAGGGAUAACCGUCGGGAAAACCCCACUGAGUUUUCCGAGCACGGCGUUCGCUCUUCAAGACGACGGGACUGGAGGUCUGAUCAUAGACUCCGGCACAUCGAUCACCUACCUGGACACGUUGGCCUACAAACCGCUGAAGAAAGCGUUUCUGUCGCAAGUUAAGCUGCAGGUCGCUGAUGGGUCAGACGUCGGGCUCGAUCUCUGCUUCCAGAUGCCGAAGGAUUCGUCGGCGGCGGACGUGGAGGUGCCAAAGCUGGUGUUUCACUUUGAGGGAGCGGAUUUUGAUUUGCCCGGAGAGAACUACAUGGUUCUUGAUUCGAGUACGGGUCUGCUUUGCUUGACGGUGAUGGGGUCGUCGGGGAUGUCGAUAAUUGGGAACUUUCAGCAGCAGAAUAUGCAGAUAUUGUAUGAUUUAGAGAAGGAGAGCCUGUCGUUCAUGCCCGCGCACUGCGAUCAACUGUGAAGUGGUUCGUGCUCGUCAUGUUGAGUGUAUCUUUUUCUGUCUGAUUAUGUUUAUAGUUAGUCCUUUGUGGUUUUAUUUUAAAUUUAAAGAUUUAGUUUACUUUAUUUGAUAUAUGAA